AUGGCGACUGCGCGAGAGAAAGAAGCUUCCGCUUACCUGGAAAAGCACAAAAUCUUCGACCUCAUGAAAAACCUCACGAGCAUGCUGUUCUUCUAUAGACCCGACGAUCCCAAAGAGUUUCUCAUCGAGAAAUUACAACAGCUAAAAGAGGCUCGAGACAGCGGUCAAAAAGCACCCAGUCUGCUGAGCCAUUCCAAUCUGGACGCAGCGUUUGGCAUAGUAGAUCCGGCCAAUGACAGACACAUUACGUUUGCACAAUACAAACAGGCUCUUAUCUCAUUGGGAAUGAAAGACAUCAACGAGUGUCCUGAUGGUGUAAAUGAUGACAAAAUAUCCUAUGAUACUUUCAUAACAGAAGGGAUGCUAAGCCUGGAGAAAUGCUCUGCCACUUACAAGCAACCUUGA